AGCCUGGGGCGGUUUAGGGACUCAGUCACCAGCCAGCGGAUGUCUGCCGCUAGCGUCCCUGCAGAUGCGGGGCCGGCAGGCGGAACCCUCGGGGCGGGGCGCACAUUUGACCCCGGAAAACCGCCGGGGACGGCCCACGCUUGGACGUGAUGGCCACCGCGGGAGACGCGGACGGAGCCGCUGCUCGCUCCUUGUCGGACGGAUGGCUCCAGCAGGGACAAGUUGCUUCCUGAAGGAUCCGUGUGUACUGUUCAAAACACAAUCAGAAAAGCGUCCACAGCUAGAUGGCCCACAUCUUCGUGUAUGGCACCCUGAAACGAGGCCAGCCCAACCACAAAGUCAUGCUGGACCAGUCACAUGGCUCAGCAGCCUUCCGAGGCCAGGGCUGCACAGUUGAGUCCUUCCCACUGGUGAUUGCCGGCAAGCACAACAUACCAUGGCUGCUUCACCUGCCAGGCAAGGGCCACUGUGUGGCAGGUGAGAUCUACAAGGUAGAUGAACAGAUGUUGCGUUUCCUGGAUGACUUCGAAGGCUGCCCCAACAUGUACCAGCGCACAGCCCUGCAGGUGCGGGUGCUUGAGUGGGAGGGUGCUGGUGGCCCUGGGGACAGCCUCCAGUGCUUCGUGUACAGUACGGCCACCUACGAACCUGAGUGGCUACAUCUCCCCUACCAUAAAAGCUAUGAUUCCGAGGGCCCACAUGGGCUACGCUACAACCCUCGGGAAAGCAGGUGAGGGGCUAGUGCCCCGGAUGCUAACAGGAUGGAAGGAGCCCCGUGGCUGCCUGGCAUAAGCAGAGCUUUCCUGGCUUAACAUCUGUCUAUAAAACAUGUUGACAAAAGGUCUCUUGACACAAUUUUGCACAUGCUCUGAUGUUACUUACUAGUGCUUGCUAUUCAAGGAGCUCCUGAGUUUGCAGGUACUAGAUGAGAAACACUCUGAAGUCCCCUAAAUGCCAGUUACAGAGCAUCUGGUACUCCUUUUUUGAUUUGCUUUGCUCUAACCUUAAGUCGGCAUCUUCUGUGACUAAAGACCUGGCUGCAGUUAGAUCUCAGAAGCUGAAUGUACUGAUUCCCACAUAUGAAAUCUAGAAAGAAGUGGUGGAGGCCAGGUAGUGGUGGUACACACCUUUAAUCCCAGCACUCAGGAGGGAGAGCCAGGUGGAUCUCUGUGAGUUCAAGGCCAGCCUGGUCUACAGAACGAGAUCCAGGACAGGCACCAAAACUACACAGAGAAACCCUGUCUCAAAAAAAGAAAAAAAAAAAUUGGUGGGAAAUGCUGGUUUGGGGUGGCUCAAUGGAAACCACCUUCGAGAAAAGCAUGCUGCACCUAGACUAUGUACUCCAUCACUCUUCAGUUUCCAGAUCACACACAAACUAUUAAAACAGCCAUUAAAAUAUAAGUAUACUGUU